GUUGCAUUUCUUCCGCUGAAUUUUGACUCUGAAUAUACAUUUUAUGACUGGAAGGAGCAAUGUGCUUGUAUAGCAUUAUAGCAGUAACAUAACAAAAAGAAUUUGUGAAUGUCUCUUAACUUUCAGCCCAGUGUUCAGGUCUUCCAGUGCUCUGCUGUACUGGACGAAAUGAUCAAUGUCGCCGAGAGUGUUUUUGUGAUGAGUUCUGCAUCAUAUCCAAGGACUGCUGUGGCGACUACAAUCAGACAUGCAAACAGAAUUCCUCACAAUCAACCUUAGGACCUUCUUCAGAAACAUCUUUUCCAACUUCACUACCAUCUUCAUCAAUAACACCACCAACUUCACCACUUCCAUCAUCAACCUCACCACAGCCAUCAGCAUCCUCAAUAUUAUUUGCAACCUCAUCAUCACCAACUUCCCCACCUUCAUCAACCUCACCAUCAUCUCCAGCAUCCUCAACAUCAAUCCUAACCUCAUCAUCAUCACAAUCACCAUUUUUACCAACGUCAUCACCUUUCUUACCACCAACUUCACCACCAUCUUUAGCAUUCUCAACAUCAUUUCCAACCUCAUCCUCACCACCACCUUCAUCAACAUCUACCUCACCAUCAACUUCAGCAUCAUCGCCAUUUUUACCAACAUUAUCACCAACUUCUCCACCUUUACCACCACCAACCUCACCACCUUCAUUAUAUGUACGAACACCACCACCAACCUCAACACCAUCUUCAACGUCCUCAACAUUAUUUUCAACCUCAUCAACACCACAAUCUAUACCAAAUUUAUCCUCAUCAACCUCACCAUCAUCUUCAGCAUCCUCAACAUCAUUUCCAACCACAUCAUCAUCAUCAUCUCAAUCACCAUUUUUACCAACAUCAUCUCCAUUGUCUACACCUUUACUACCACCAACCUCACCACCAACUUCAACAUUAUUUCCAACCUCAUCAUUACCACCAUCAUCAUCAACUUCAUUUACAACCUCAUCACCAUUUUUACCAACAUCACCAACUUCUCCACCUAUACUACCACCAACCUCACCACCUUCAUCACCAUCAACCUCACCACUAACUUCAGUAUCAUUUACCUCAGCGCCAUCUUCAACAUCAUUUACAACCUCAUCACCACCAACUUCACCACCACCGAUGUCCUCAACAUCAUUCCCAACCUCACCAUCAUCAUCAUCAUCAUCACAAUCACCAUCUUUACCAACAUCAUCACCAACUUCUCCACCUUUACCACCAUCAACCUCAACGCCAUCUUCAACAUCAUUUACAACCUCAUCACCACCAACUUCACCACUACAGAUGUCCUCAACAUCAUUCCCAACCUCAUCAUCAUCAUCAUCACAAUCACAAUUUUUUUCAACAUCAUUAUCAACAUCUCCGCCUUUACCUCCAUCAACCUCACCACCACCUUCAUCAUCAUCAACCUCAACACCACCAUCUCCAUCUUUACCAACAUCAUCACCAACUUCUCCACCUUUACCAUCAUCAACCUCAGCGCCAUCUUCAACAUCAUUUACAACCUCAUCACCACCAAUGUCCUCAACAUCAUUCCCAACCUCAUCAUCAUCAUCACAAUCACCAUCUUUACCAACAUCAUCACCAACUUCUCCACCUUUACCACCAUUAACCUCAGCGCCAUCUUCAACAUCAUUUACAACCUCAUCACCACCAACUUCACCACCACUGAUGUCCUCAACAUCAUUUACAACCUCAUCAUCAUCACCACAAUCUUCACCCCCUUUAUCUUCAUCAUCAAUCUCACCAACAUCUUCAACAUCCUUAACAUCCUUUCCAACAUCAAUUCAAAAUACUUCAUCAUCAUCAUCAUCAUCAACAUCCCAAAAAGAAAAUAUCAGAGCCUUCAUCCAAGUGCAUAUUCACUCUACAGAAAACGAAGAGGCGGCGAUGAAGGCUGUGCAGACUUCUAUUCUCCAGCUGGUGAAGAGGCAGGGAUGUGACAACUGCAGCGUACGAGUGCUACAAAUCAACAAGAAACGGAACUGACAUAACACCAGAUCAUUUAACACGGCAAUGUAUUAAAAACAGCUAUACUGUAUACAUGAUACUUUUAAAAUACAGCAUGAGCUAUCGCUCCCUGCUACGAAAUAUUCUUAUGGAAAAAGAUCUUUAUUUUCAUGGUUAAUUUUUAUGAGUACUAUAAAAAGGCUACUCUUACAGUCAGACGCCUUUCUGAUCUUCA